AUGCAGAGUAAACGCCAAUGCGGCACACACCGAUCUUUAGUGGAGGCAAAGGAGAGUUUUAGACGUAAUACACUACUCAUAAUGUUGCUGAAAGCUCUUCGACAGCCCACGACCAAUUUCAUCUUUCUUGGGUCUCAUCAGAUAGGCGCAAUCACCGAAUUUUCGUCAACCUUAUGCGCCCUGCCUGCGUAA